AUGAAAUUGGAAAUGCAUGUUCUUAUUAUUGUUCAUCUUUCUAGUUUUGAUAUUUCUUCAUUUCCUCACUUCCUUUAUUGGAGGAAAGAUAAAAAAAAAAUAAAAAUCAUUCCUUCCGGCGGCCCUAUCCUUUUCACUCUUCCCAGGUCUGUCUGUUUAUCUAUCUAUCUAUCUAUCUAUCUAUCUAUCUAUCUAUCUAUCUAUCUAUCUAUCUAUCUAUCUAUGUUCCUUUUUAUCUAUCUAUCUAUCUAUCUAUCUAUCUAUCUAUCUAUCUAUCUAUCUAUCUAUCUAUUCUUUUUAUUUAUCAGUGCGAAAUGUUUCAUUGAUCCAUUUCUUUUUCGUUGUCUCGUUGUUUUUUUUUAUUUUUUGUCGUAUUUUUUUCUUUCUUUUCUUUCCUAUCUUCUUAUAAUUUGUUUUAUCUCCUUCUCUAUUUUGCUUCUCCUAGAUUUUCUUUUCAUUCUUUCUUCUAGUUGUCUUCAUAUUUUCAAAUUUCUUCUUAUUUUUUCUUCUCUUUCCGUAUUUAUUUUAUUUUUUUUUGGUUUCUCACCACUGGCAACCUGUUAUUGUCAGUUUUCCUCUCUUUUGCCAAGGUCUCUCUCUAUUUCUCUCUCUUUUCCUUCGUCGUUCUGCUUUAGGAAGGGGUUUCCGGUACUCUCUCUCUCUCUCUCUCUCUCUCUCUCUCUCUCUGGCCUCAGUAUCUCCAGUUGCCUUGAUCUAUCCACUACUCUUCUCCUCAUCCUUUCUUCUAUCACUCCUAUCUGA